ACUUCGGAACGGCCUGGCGCGAACAUAACUUCGUUGACAAAAUAUGUGUUAACCCCAUAGCUGACGACAGAGAAUACUUUAACGGAGUUGAAAGGUAUGAAAUUAUUUACUAAAAUUUACACAGCUGUAUUAACGACUUAAGUAUAAUUUUGAAGCUUUUAUUAUAACUUUUCCUAUUCAUAAUGGAAGUCGAUAGAAACUUUUCUAAAAUCGACUUUUUUUGAAAAUAAUUAACUGUGGAAGGCUAAUAUAGUUGCUAAAUAUAUAUUAAACGCUAAAUUGAUUUAUUUGGAAUUUAAUAUCAUGUCCAAAAAGUCGUUUUUCAGCUUUCCGCACUUUUAAAAUGGCAGCCGUUAACUACAUGUGUUGAAUUAUUUUUUUCAGAAUGUCGGACGAGACUAUUAAUGAACUCUCCAUUAAACUAUUAGAACUCUUCGUGGAGGAGGGAAAUGGAAAGCUUGAUAGAACUAUUGGCCCGAAAUAUUUCAGAAAAUAUCGGGAAAUAAUACCAAACAAAUUUCUUUGCGAAAAAGGCUACGUCACCGUCGAAGAUUUCGUCAUUCGAGAGUUAAGCCAAACGUUGUCUCUGAGGGAAAGGGACAGCGUUAUUGAAUAUCAUACUUCACUUGAAACUAAAAAAGAUAUAUUUCGUCGAAAAGUGCUACAGAACAAAAGUGGAUGCGACCUGAAAGAUCCUACUGCCAAUAUUGAGUGUACUUAUUCGAAGAGUGACUUUUCGUAUGAAAGCAGCCCAGUCCCUUCAAAUGUACCUGUAGUCGAGCCAAUUGAAGAGCUUACUUAUAAAGGAGAGAAGAAUCCGGUUGCAAUAAAGGACACUAUUGAGCUUCAAAACUUAUAUAAUGAAUUCACAGAGAAAGUACCGUUUCGUUUUCUUACGAAAAGGUCAAUUAGUACUCAGAAAAAAGUCAAAGAAUGGAAGCAUGCAUUCGACAUUUUUGCCUGUACAAAAUGGAUUGAAGAAAAGAAAGAAACAGAAAAAAUCUUGUAUAAAGUAAAUCCUUUAACUCCUCCAAUAGAGCCUGGAAAGCUAAAAUUCGAUAGUGUGGAUGUAGCCAUAAGUGCUGUUUAUUCUGUUGAUUCAUUUUACGUUCAAAUAAUGAACGAGGAUGAUUGUCGCUUAGAAUUAGAGGAGAAGGUUAAAAAUUACAAAUCACUGCCUACAGUUAUUCAAAAGAACACUUCUUGUUUGGCCUCUUUGCAAAAUCUAUGGUUUAGAGCCAAUAUUGAAACAGUCUUCGUAGAUACAAAGACUGUAACGGUAUUUUUUGUAGACUGGGGAAACAGAGCGACACUCUCAUGGUCAGAAGUUCGAUAUUUACCUCCUGAAUUGGCAUCUACUCCAGGCUAUGCUUACCAUUGUUCCCUCAUGCCUUUGCCUUAUGUAUCCACUGCACACCAGAAACUGAGAGACCUCGAAACGUGCGUAACUCUUAAGCAGAUUGCACCUUUCGAUGGCAAUGCCAUUAUUGUGAAUCUUGAGAUUGACGGAAAAGAUUUCACCAAAAGUAUAUUGAAUCAGACUAUGCCAACUCUCUCUAUCCCCGACUCCUGCAUCAGAUUUCAGCUUAUAGUAACGUACCUUGUGUCACCUAAAUGUUUUUUUGCCAAACUUUCAGAUCAAACUUCGGAACUUGCAAAGAUUCAAGUUGAUCUGAAAUCGUUGUUCCAGCAUGUGGCAACGCAAGUCCAUUUAGGUGAAAACGUUGCUAUUAAGCUGUCAUCUGAUGGUCAGGACUACUGCUUGCGGGGGAGAGUAGUAAGUACCGAAGAUAAUUGCAUCAAAGUUCGUUAUUUAGAUCUUGGAGAUUACGAGAACGUAAAUUUAUCAGAUGUAAGAAAACUGCCGAGUGAAAUUGAUAAGAAAGUGCCCUACGAGGCUGUUUUACUCAGUCUAGUUGAUUUGAAUGUUGAUUGGGCAUGUACGACAAUUGUUUCGCGUUUCGUGCGAAGGUUAAUACAAUCACAAGUUCUAACAGCUGUCCGUUGCAUAACGUCGGAUUCAAAGGAGCUGUUGGUCGAUUUGUUUACUGAAGAUAAUCGACGAGUUACUGAUAUAGUAAUGGAUUAUCUUCCAAAGUUAUUUCACGGUGAUGCAGUGUUGCCUGAUAAAGUAUUGAGAUUUCACGUCUACGUCGUGAAAGUAGAUAAAGAUAAUGUAUGGAUAUUGUUGAAGGAUGAAAAUACUGAAUAUUUAUUUUCGGCUCUAAAAUACUGCAGCAAUGACCCAGAAUUAAAAAGAGUCAAGUAUGUCAACCUGGGUUCAACUGUAUUAACUAUGGACAAGUCGAAUUAUAUAAGGGGAAUCGUUGAAGAAAUAUAUGGAGAUCGUUUAGUUAUACGAAAUAUUGAUAGUAAUGACAUCGUACAUGUUCCGAUAAAAUUAGUCUUUGAAUUGCCGAAGUAUUUGUCUUGCGUACCGAAGCUUAUAAUCAAAACUAAGUGUCGUUUGAGUAGGUUCGUUUGGAGUGAGAAGACGGCUGAAAAACUCCACAAAUUUUUGAAGAUAAAAGGAAAUCGAUUUCAGGCGUCGAUUAACAGCAAGAAAAACGAAAUCGGUUUAUUCUUAAACGGAAGGGAAAUUAGUCAAAUAUGGGCUGCUGAUGAAGAAGAAUGA